AAACACAUGUGUCAUAGCCUAUAGAUACGGUACAUCAUACACAUGUGACAAGCUUGAAUCGCUGUUUUCUUUGCGACGUCUCCAUGGGGCCCAGAUUCUCUCAGAAUCUCUGUUUCUCUCUUUCUCUCUUUUCACUUGUUCCAGUUUCCUAGCUUUGCAGAUGCCGAGCUCUCCAAUUCUAAAAUUUGGCUUUUUGAAAUGAUGCUCUUGAACAGCACAGCUUGCAAGGCGAGAGGUGGUCAGGCGUGCGGCGAAGCGUGAAUGGUGGGGGAAGACUGAGUGAUAUUGAGUGAAAAAGCGGGCAGCAUUGCUUCAGGGGCAUCAACGAGAGAAGCAGGGGUAGGAGUAGGACUAGAAAUCUAUAAGCUGGAAAAACCCCCGCCGUAGAAGAUCUUUUCCUGAGUUGUUAGUCACUAAGUCAGAUGGACCCACCCAAGGUCUCGUUUGAAGCGCCUGGUGUUCGUUCCCAGACCCAGCGCAGUGUCACUGCAACAAAUAGCGGGCUCAGCAGAACCCCGAGCGACCAGCUCCCAGAGCAAGCCAGGAGCUCAAGGGUGCAGUUCAGCGACUUAUCCAAGCGUCUGCUGACUAAAGCGAGAAGGGGGGCGACCAGCUUUGUCUUUUCUGACCGCAUGAACAGUGAGAAGCUGGAUAGAUAUGGUUUGGGGCCGAUAGCUUAUGAGGAGCUGCCGGAUGAGGAGGUCCUGGCUGCCCUGGCCGCAGAGCAUGAGUUUAGGGUGCGCUACACAUGCAAGGGCCUGGAGCUCUGCUGUUUUAUGCUCUUCGGCCUCGUCUUCUUUGUCGCUGUGGCUUUGCAGAUCCGGGCUGCGCACUCGUUUGGCGUCAACAACACUAUCUUCUCGCGGCUUCCGCUGGACCCCUACUCAGGGGGUCUGUUGAAAGAGUUUCCCUCCAUGGACUCGCUCGUGAAUUGGGUGAACACCUCACUUGUUUCCAACAUCUGGAUGGACCCAGGCUGCGGGAAUGGCGUCUGUGACUAUCCAAUGGAACUUCCUGGUGGCAUCUACGCUGAUCGGGGCUGUCCGGAAGACUGCGGCGACGUUCGGGAUGCAUCCGUUCAAGUACUCCUGUCGGGCGAGGCUGCUGCCGCCUAUCUGAAAUCCACCGCCACAUAUCCAAUCCAGAUGUGCUGGACCUUUGGUGGCGCCUCUGACUGCAUUGAAGGCACACCGCAGCCUGUUCAAUUGCUCUUCAAGGACUCCAUACUGAUCCAGAUUGACUACUUUUUGAACGAGAGUCCCGAUGCCACGUGGCACAUUAUUGUACCUUUCGGAGGUCAAGAGGCGCAAGUAUCUCUGGCGUCGCGAGAACAAACUGUCCUGGUGUUUGGCGGCCCAAACGGCUACACGCACAUUCCCCAAAUUAAGACGUGGUGGCUCUGGCCUUCGGACGGCAACCGGACGGUCGUUUUGGACGGCCGAGCGCUGCUGGACAACGUGGAAGCCGCGGACGCUUGCGUCAGCCUCGGGUUCAACUACACGGUCCAGUGCCAGGUGCCCUUUGCUGGCACCAUCCUUCCGCCCGCCGACGGUUGCUGCGUCGGUCUCAACAAUCAAACGAUCGCCCUGGAAGGCAUCAACCCGCGCAAGCUCUACCAGCAGCUGCUCCUGACGACGCCACGUGUCAUUGGGGCGGCCGACAAGCAAUCCAACAGGGUGAUCGCGGGGCUGCUCUUCCGGCAGAGCCGGCGGGCGUACUCCAAAAAAGAGUGCGGCGACUUUCAGCACAUUUACAACAAGACGGGCCAGUUCUUCUACCAUGCCUACGGCAACCGGUAUGGGGUGGUGGAUCCCUGGUGCGAGCACUACCCAGUUGACCCGCGCGCCCCGUUUGGCAUCGACCCGGUCUUUCUGCCGUCGUCGUCACUCUACAACGCCAACCUGAGCGCACUCGAUUACUACAAGCCGGAAGAGAUCUCAAGUCUCACGGGUCUGCCGUACGCCUUCUACGAGAGGGAGAGCAAAGCCGCUGGCAAGGGCUUUAACGUUCUACUCGACAUCAACUUGAGCGCCCAACGUGCCCAAGACUGGUUCACGUAUCUGGUGGACGGCCGCUUCUUCCACCGCCAAACCGACGAGGUCUCCAUUCAGCUGCUCACAUUCAACGGCGUGUACCGGUUGUUCUCAGUCAUGGACGUCCAGAUCCAGUUUACAGACGCGGAGAGCCUCACGAUCGUGCCACGUGUCGACUCUCUGACGGUCCCAGACUACGGCACGGUGGCGUGGAUCUUCCAGGGCCUCUUCUUCCUCGGCGUCAUCUUCCUCGUCAUCAGUGACGUCACCCGGAUACUCAACUUCAUCCGUCGGGGUCGCUUCCUGAAAGCGUACCGCAAGCCCGGCAGAUGGGUCGUCACCCUUUCCAAUUUGGCUUUCAUCGCUUCCAUUGGGCUGUGGGCCGCGCUGCUGGUCAAGAUCGACAACUUCAUGCCCAAAGCUCGUUUCAACGUGUACAAUGAUCUGAACGCCCCUGCGCGGUACACGCAACUAGCGGCGGACCCUUCUGGCGCGGACGAGCUGAUGAGCACCUUCGACGAAGUUUGGAGUAUCGUGCGGGUCAAGAAGGCAUACGUCACCUUGACGGGGGUCAACAUGAUCCUGCUCUUCAUCCGGGCCCUCGGUCUGAUGCACUUCCACCCGCGCCUCGGCAUGGUCACGCGCACCCUGCAAGCGGCGUUCCCCGAUCUAGUUGCUUUCUUCGUCAUCUGGUGCAUUUUCAUGACGGUGUACGCCUUCAUGGGCAUGCUUGUCUUCGGGGACAACGUGCGCCAGCUGUCCACCUUCUGGCUCGCGCUCAACCAGUGCUUCGUCAUGAGCCUCGGGGACGUCUCGGUGAACCAGGCGCUGCUUGACGUGGCGACGACCAUUUGGGACAAGAUCCCGUCGCGCAUCUACUUUUGGUCCUUCAACUUUUUGGGCACGUUUAUCAUCCUGCAGUUCCUAGUGGCGAUCGUCGUAGACGUGCUGCAGGUCGUCCGCAACGAAUAUGCGCGCCUCGAAGAACAGACGCUGGACUGGAACGUGGAACUCAACUGGCUGCUGGGUCACUGGCGCCACAUACGCAGCGUCGGCGUUCUGCGCUCGCUGGUCCUGGCAUACCGCGCGGAGCAGAGAGCCGCACAGGAAGGCGUAGAGAGCGACCACUCAUGGCUGGACUGCGGCUGCUGGGCCCGCGGCAAAAAGAAAGCCGACGCGGCCGCCAAGUCGAACGAUAACCACGGUCAUUCCGCCCGCGGCCAUGACUGGCGGAACAACGUGCUGGUGGUAAACGGGGUGGAGGUGCCGCAGGCCCAGGUCAAGCGGAUGCUGGAGCGGCUCCUCCUGGAAAAGGAAUGCCGGAAGGGCGGGGUCUGCGACGCCGAGCUGUCGCGGUUGACCGAGUACGUCGUCGCGUGUUUUGGCGAUGCGCCUUCCCCCGAGGACCCCGAAGGUGGGGCGACCAAUCACACUGGUGUGCUGACUAAAGACGUCGCCACUCGGGACAAAGACGCACUGGCACUGAUAGACGAGUUUUUGACGGAGAUCCGGGGGAAGCUUAUGUCGAAUCAAGACGCAAGGGCAAAGAUGUUGGAGGGAGAAGGGGAGGGGGAAGAGGACGAGUAGACUGAAGACGGGCAAAACGAGGUGUUACUCUUUAAGUACGUAUAGGGCCAGAACCGGGCAUGUCGCAAAAAACAGUUAUCUAGCGGUUAAAGUUGUAUCGAAGCGUGACACGGAGAUAGCUCGGUGGGUCAAAGCGUGGGACUCAUGGCGUUUACUUAACGAAGAUCGGAAGUCAGUCCUCGUUCCGAACAAGCAGUUAUAUGUAUGCUAAGCGAUUAGUAGUGUAGACGGCAGUCGAAAGCACAGUCGCAGCGCCAGGAAUCAGGUAGAAGAGACAAGCGAGGCAAUGGUUCAUUGACCAGGCGUAGAAUUGUUCGCGCUACCGCAGGCUAGGCAAGCGGGUACAGCAGUAUUUAUUGACUUGUAGGAGACGCGUUUCGUGGCAACUUUGGUUAACGUGUGCGGUUGCGCGCGCGUGCAGUGCGAGCAAUCUCAGGAUUGUUCUUGAAGCAGUCACAGGGGCUUGGCUAAUAGAGCGGAUGUGAAACGCUCCAGGGCAC